CGUGAUUCUCACACAAAGGCUUAUGUAUGUGCAGGGAUGACGUUUCAAUCAACACAAACACCGACAGUAUGUGAUAAGAAAAUCGUUAAUAUCUUCGCGAUUAGACGUGUUCACUGUGCUUGUUCAUAUUUUUAAAGUGCAAUUUAUAUUCACGUGUUAAUGCUGUGACUUAUUUAGUGUUUAGUGCAAGAUCAUUCCGCAAAAAUGGAUAAUUCACGAUUUAAUUUAGUUGUUGUCUAUGAAAAGUUCAAUGCAUGUUUAUUAGAAGAGGAUGACAUUUACAUUAAGGAAUAUCUGGAGAGUUAUGAAGAACUUAACAAAUUUUUUGAUUCCAUGGGAACAAUGUUUACCUUUGUAACAAAGGAGUUGACAUCCAAAAUGAAUAUAAUUGUGGAUAUUACAAAGGAAAAUGAGGAAGGCUUUAAAACUGUGAAGGCCAUGAUUGCCUUUGAGAGUGAUAAGUUGAAAAAAUCUGGAUAUGUAUCUGGGUGUAGAACAUUACUACAAUUACAUAGAGCUUUAGAUUUUAUUCGAUUGUUUUUAAAGUCAGUUGGUGAGCUACAAUUUGAAGAGAAUGUUGGCCAUGUGUGCAGAGCUGCUUAUGACCAAACUCUUGGCAAUCAUCAUUCCUUUUUCAUUGCCAAAGGUGCCAGAUUAGCCAUGUACACAUUACCAAACAAAGCAAACUUGUUAAAAAGGGUAUGUGGUGAUGAUGAAGAAUUCCAAAAAUCGUCUCUGGAAGCCUUACCAAAAACAUUGGAUGUAACAGCUACAGUAUUUGAUCGUGUUCAAGAUCUGUACACUAAACAUGAUCUGCAUAAGCUGCCUUAAAUGUUCCUGGAUAAUAAUAUUGUUUUAAAUGGUGCUGUUUUAAAAAUCAAAUGAUGCUUCUUUGUGAUUCAAGCUUAGCUUAAUUUGUAGCACAUUAAUUGGGUAUUAAUGAAGUAUUUAUAGAAUA